AUGGAAGUAGAAACAGCACGACCUUAUUUUUUCGGUGACAUCGGUUUCUGGGCAGAGAGGACAGAGGUUCAUAAGGCAUCAUGCGUAUCAGGGUCCGGUGUCAGUGCUGCAGAGUUUGAUAUCACUCCCCUCCAAGAGGCAGCUGCACGCGGACAGACGCAGUGUGUGAGACUUCUGCUGGACGCAGGGGCUCAGUUUGGUGCAAGAAAUGUGUACGGCAGCACUCCACUAUGUGAAGCGUGCUCUGUCGGGAACGUUGAGUGUGUGAGGCUUCUUUUGGAGUAUGGAGCGAAAGUCAACCCCAUGCUUUCCUCACGUACCACCUCCCCUCUGCAUGAAGCCUGCAUGGGAGGUAAUGCAGAUUGUGUGAGGUUAGUGAUUGCUAAAGGAGCCAGUUUGGAGGCCUAUGACCUGUACUACGGUACUCCUCUACAUGUGGCAUGUGCCAGCCGACACCUGGAGUGUGUUAAAGUGCUACUAAAUGCAGGUAAAACCAGAUGCCAUGAGACUACAUUAUAUCAUGCUGCCAAGUCCAACAAGUCCAAGUCCAACAAUGUGGAUAUGAUUGAGCUGCUGGUGGAGUUUGGGGCCAACAUUUACGCCCGUGGCAAGUAUGACAGGAAGCCACUAAAUCUAAAUCUGAAUUGUAACCCCCUUUCUCUGCAGCAGCUGAGGCGUAUCGCCCUGAGGACGACGUUGGGCACCAGAGCUGUGGACUUGGUGACCGACCUGGAUAUUCCUAACCGUAUUAUCAGUUAUCUCUUACACCAAUGA